AUUUCUCCAAUUUCCGUCAUUCCCUCCCCCUCACUCACUCCAAACCAAACCAGACAGAAUCAUGCUCCCACCAAUUCUCUAAACCUCACACCUCCGACCCAUCACCCUUCAUAUUCUCUAUAAUAACAGUGCGAGCUACAUCAAUCCCAAGCAAUGACAAGCCCACAAUCCCAAAUGGCCGCCCAAAUGGCCGCCCAACUUCAAUCCACCCGAUCCCUCCCCGUCUCCCCAGCUUGGGUUAACAGCUUCGUUUCCUCCUCCACCACAGCCCUGCAGCGCAACGUCCCCAUUUCCGCACUCACCCAAACCGCAUUAUUCCGCCUUCUGGCCUCUGACUUGCGCGACUCGCUCCAGACCAACAACCCUGCCACCCUCCUCCCGGUUGACAUCUUCGAUCCCACCGUGCAGGAGCGCCGGCUGCAGGGUCCCGUGCCCGUGCAGGUGCUGGAUAUCGAGGAUAUCGGGACGAGUCUGUGGAGUCAGCUGGAGGCAAUCGAGCGCGUCGAGCGCGGGGAGGCGGUUCGUGGACGGGAGAUUGUGCGAGCGGUUAAUGUUGGUGAUGAUGAGGAGGAGGGCGCUGCUGGAGGCGGAGGCGGAGGAGGAGGAGGUGGAGAGAGGAGCAGGAUUGGGCCGGCUGCAAACGACAGUCAUGGGCCGCAUCGGCUGAUUGUGCAGGACGCGGCCGGAACGAGGGCUGUAGCUCUUGAAUUAAAGUCCGUGCAGGGCAUAUCGACGGCUAAGUUGUCGAUUGGAGCGAAGCUGGUCAUUCGGAAUGCAACGGUGGCGCGCGGGAUGAUCUUACUCUCGCCAGACUGUGUGACGCUCCUGGGAGGGAAGAUUGAAAACAUGGAUCAAAAGUGGAAGGAGGGGAGGAAGGCGAGGUUGUUAGCCAGAAUUACGGAGUUGCAAGGUGAGGGUCAGUCUGGGUGAGGCCGUUGGCCAGGGAAUACAUCCAUUGUGCUUACGUCGU